AUGGGCAAGGCGGCGCGCUGGUUCCGCAGCUUCCUGGGCAAGAAGGAGCAGGCCACCAAAGAUCAGCGGCCGCAGCACCAGCAGGACCAGGCUCCACCUCCGCCUCCGCCGGCCACAGCCAAGCGCUGGAGCUUCGGCAAGUCGUCGCGGGACUCGGCGGAGGCAGCCGCCACGGCCGUCGUCUCGGCCGGCGCUGGCAACGCGGCGAUCGCGCGCGCCGCGGAGGCCGCGUGGCUCAGGUCCGCCGCGAGCGCCGAGACGGACCGCGAGCGGGAGCAGAGCAAGCACGCCAUCGCCGUGGCCGCCGCCACCGCCGCCGCGGCCGAUGCGGCGGUGGCCGCGGCGCAGGCGGCCGUCGCCGUCGUAAGACUCACCAGCAAGGGACGCACGCCGCCGCCCGGCGUCCUCGCCGCCGCUGGAGGACGCUCCGCCGCCGUCAGGAUCCAGACGGCGUUCCGGGGAUUCUUGGCGAAGAAGGCGUUGCGCGCGCUCAAGGCGCUCGUGAAGCUGCAGGCGCUGGUGCGCGGCUACCUUGUGCGCAGGCAGGCGGCCGCCACGCUGCAGAGCAUGCAGGCGCUCGUCCGCGCGCAGGCCGCCGUGCGCGCCAGACGCGCCGGCGUCGCCGCCGCACUCCCGCACCUCCACCACCCGCCGCCCGUCCGCCCGCGCUACUCGCUGCAAGAGCGGUACGCGGACGACACGCGGAGCGAGCACGGCGGCGUGGCGGCGUACAGCAGCCGGCGGCUGUCGGCGAGCGUCGAGUCCUCGUCGUACGGCUACGACCGGAGCCCCAAGAUCGUGGAGGUGGACCCGGGCCGCCCCAAGUCGCGCUCGUCGUCCUCGCGCCGCGCCAGCUCCCCGCUGCUCGACGCCGGCGGCAGCAGCGGCGGCGAGGACUGGUGCGCCGCCAACCCCGCGACGUCCUCGCCGCUGCCGUGCUACCUGUCCACCAGGGGCCCGCCGCGCAUCGCCGUGCCGACCUCGCGCCAGUUCCCGGACUACGACUGGUGCGCGCUGGAGAAGGCCCGCCCGGCCACGGCGCAGAGCACGCCGCGGUACCUGCAGCUGCAGGCGCACGCGCCGGCCACCCCGACCAAGUCCGUCGCGGGCUACUACUCGCCGUCGCUCAGCGGCUGCCCGAACUACAUGUCGAGCACGCAGGCGUCGGAGGCCAAGGUGCGGUCCCAGAGCGCGCCGAAGCAGCGGCCCGAGCUCGCCUGCUGCUGCGGCGGCGGUGGAGCGCGGAAGCGGGUGCCGCUCAGCGAGGUGGUCGUCGUGGAGUCGUCCCGCGCGAGCCUGAGCGGCGUCGUGGGCAUGCAGCGCGGGUGCGGCGGCGCCCGGGCGCAGGAGGCGUUCAGUUUCAGGACGGCCGUCGUUGGCCGCAUGGACCGCUCGUUGGAGGUUGCCGGCGUCGAGAACGACCGGCUGGCGUUCUUGCAGAGGAGGUGGUGA